AUGACGCAAAACGUCUUCUUCUUCUACUUGCUACAAGCGCUGGAUUAUGAUGUCUUCUUGAUAUCUUCGAGUGUUUCCUAUCCGAUUAGCCACGUCAUUAUAGGUGUGCGAAACGUGGCGGAAAGAGAUGACGUCUACCUCGCAGAGGUCGGAUGUGGUCACCCAACAUUCCAGGCGAUUCCUCUCAACUUCCAGGAAGAGUCGCCGGUUUACCAGCACUCGUUUCUUGAGUACAGGUUUGUGAAAAAGGGGGAGUUGAUCGAAAGGCAACAUCGCCGCGGGGACAUUCGUCCUCUGGGCCCCGGACAGCAACCUGGUACCUGGCGCCGAUUCUACGACUUCACGCUCGAGCCGAGGGACUUGGCGUUCUUCCGGGAACCCAUGAACACGGUCUACACCGUUCCGGGAAAGUUUCUGCAAAGCUUGCGCGUCAUCACGUUCCAGAAGGACAGACUUCGGGCGAUCAAGGACUGGUUUCUGUUGGAGGAACAAGGCGACCAUACACUCAGGCAGACUAAGAUUCACUCCAUGUCUGAAAUGAUGGCGAUCAUCAAGGAAAUUGCUCCCAAAAUUGACCAGGAUACAGUGUCUAAAGCUUUGUCACACUGGCAGGAUGCUAGCGAAUGCAGAAUGUCUCAUCACGUGUCCAAAAUAGUGUAA